GAGUACUUCCAGCUAGGAGGACCUCUUGUACGUAAGCUCCAAAAUCAUUUCUUGGUCCCUGUGGGGAUUCUCACCAUUAUGUCUUCUGAAGAAGGAAAACUAUUUGUUGGGGGGCUAAACUUCGAUACUGAUGAACAAGGCCUUGAACAGCAUUUCAGCUCUUUUGGUCCUAUUUCUGAAGUUGUUGUGAUCAAAGACAAAGAAACACAGAGAUCAAGAGGCUUUGGUUUUAUCACCUUUGCCAAUCCUGAGCAUGCAUCAGAUGCCAUGAGAGCAAUGAAUGGAGAGUCUAUAGAUGGGCGCCAGAUCAGAGUGGAUCAUGCUGGGAAAUCUUCUCGUGGAUCCAGAGGUGGCUACUUUGGAGGCAGGGGACGAGGUCGUGGCUAUUCCCGAGGUGGUGGAGACAGAAGCUAUGGUGACAGAAGCUACGGUGGAGACAGAAGUUAUGGUGGACGUUAUGACAACCGAAGUGGAGGCUACAGUAGUUCCCGGGACUACAGCAGCCAGGGAGGUUACAAUGAUCGGUACUCCUCAAGUGGUUCUUACAGAGACAACUAUGACAACUGAGCUCACACCGAGUAAAAAUCCUUCCUGACUCAAGAUCGUCCUUCCAAUGGCUGUAUUUAUAAAGAUUUUUGGAGCUUCGCUGAAUCUUGUUUAGUUACCUACAUGACUUCCCCUUUAUAUAGCUUUUUUCACAUGUAGCCUGAAAGCUUCCUCUACAAGAUGGCCUGUUAGACUUUACUCAAGAGGGUUUUUUUCAAGUGGUUUUUAAGCAUUUUUGAAAUCCAGUUUUAUUUGUCUUGUUUUCUCAAUCCAAGGUUGUUGUUGUUUUUUUUUAACUUCAUACAUGGGGCCCUACAAAUUAAACCUGUUGGAAGCUGACCAGACUUUUGAAAAAGUACAAUCAUUUGAUGUUCAUCUCUUGGCAUAACAAACAAGGGUGACAAGGCAAAAGAAUCUUGGUAUUAUUAAAAAGUUAAAUAAUUCACAUUGGUCAUAGUAAAAGCUAUUUUACUGUAAAUUAAACCUAUAACUCGAAUGCAUUGAGAGGUUCUUGAAAAUGUUUGUUUAUAUUGUCCAUUUUUUACUGGAAGAAAUAUGCAUAAUUCAAUUAAUUGUAUUUGAAGUGGAUAAGGAACUUCCUGUACUGAGUUUUUGGCUUUACGAAGCCCAUUAAAAUCCCAUCUGAAACAA